AAUUUCGAAACCACCAAUAAAAACAUGACACGUGUGAUAACAACAUGAGAAACUAAAGUCGUUGUGUUUCAGCAGAUAGCGUUAGUUUGGAAACAGAAUAGCAAAGCCCGCUUUCACUUUCCUCAUGGCUCACAUCUGCCAAUGUCUGAGUCGACUGUUAACCUUCCGGCGAGACUCUCCGGUAACCAUCUCCGGCAACCACCGUAAAACCGGUCAACAGUUUGUGGAGGAAGUUGUGUCACUAGCACACGGCCUUCUCCAGCUUGGCGUCUCACCCGGUGACGUUGUCGCCAUCUCUGCUUACAACAGUGAUUGGUAUUUGGAAUGGUUAUUAGCCAUUGCGUUUGUUGGAGGAAUUGCUGCUCCUUUGAACUAUCGCUGGAGUUUUGAAGAGGCGAGGUCUGCAAUGGCUGUAGUGAAGCCAGUGAUGUUAGUGAUUGAUGAGAGUUGCUAUUCAUGGUACUUCAAAUUACAGCAAUUUGAUAUUCAAUCUUUGAAGUGGCGUGUUUUGUUGGAUUCUCCUUCUUCAGAUUUUGCAAAGAAAUGGAAUGUGUUGACUCCAGGAAUACUUAAGAAGCAUAUAGUGAAACCUAUAGAGUUUAAUUACUCUUGGGCACCUGAAGGAGCUGUCAUAAUAUGCUUUACUUCAGGAACUACUGGAAAACCCAAGGGAGUGACAAUAAGCCAUGAAGCUUUAAUCAUACAGUCCCUAGCAAAGAUUGCAAUAGUUGGAUAUAGUGAAGAUGAUGUUUAUCUUCAUACUGCUCCAUUAUGUCACAUUGGUGGCUUGUCAUCAGCAAUGACCAUGCUCAUGGUUGGAGGUUGCCAUAUAUUCAUGCCAAAGUUUGAUGCAGAAUUAACUGUUGAUGCCAUAGAACAACAUGCUGUCACAUCUUUUAUCACGGUUCCUGCCAUGAUGGCCAGUUUGAUUUCUAUUGUUAGGCACAAAGAAACAUGGAAAGGGGGAGAAUCUGUCAAGAAAAUACUCAAUGGGGGUGGAAGCCUCUCACUUGAGCUUAUCAAAGACAGUAACAUAUUCUUCCAGAAAGCUAAGCUUAUUUCAGCUUAUGGGAUGACAGAGGCAUGCUCUUCAAUGACAUUCUUGACACUAUACGAUCCAAUGCAAAAAACCACAAGCAAUACUUUUCAAACAUAUGGUGAGGUAGAAUCCAAACAUCUUAUUCACCAGCCACAAGGUGUUUGUGUUGGCAAGGCUGCACCUCAUGUAGAGCUGAAGAUAUGUACAGAUUCUUCGGGUGACACUGGAAGAAUUUUAACUAGAGGACCACAUUUAAUGGUCAGGUAUUGGGAUCAAACUCUCACAAACUCAUCUAAUCGGAGGAAUGAAGUAUGGCUUGAUACAGGUGACAUUGGAUCAAUGGACUGUCAUGGUAAUUUGUGGCUCCUUGGACGUACAAAUGGUCGCAUCAAGAGUGGCGGGGAGAAUAUUUACCCUGAAGAGGUUGAGGCAAUUCUACUAGGACAUCCGGGGAUUGCAAGUGUUGUUAUUGUGGGAAUUCCAGAUGCUCGUUUCACAGAGUUGGUGACAGCAUGUAUCAAACCUAGUGAAAAUUGGCAAUGGUUAGAGCAUUCUACUUCAAAUGAAGAGUAUCACUUAUCUAAAAAGAAUCUCCAACAAUACUGUUUGGAAAAUAGUUUAAGCAGGUUUAAGAUACCAAAGAUAUUUAUUGAAUGGAAGAAGCCUUUUCCAGUCACUACCACAGGAAAAAUAAGAAGAGACCAAGUUAGAAAGGAGGUUGUGUCUGAGCUACAAUCUUUGCAUAGUAAUCUUUGAAGGAAGUUUCUUUUCUCAUCAUGUUAAGGCCUUAGCACCCCAAUUUGCUCUUGGUUGAUAAUUCAAUUGAGGACAUGCAUUUUUGUGUAAAAAUUUGUAAUUGCAUAUUAUUAUUUUAAUAUAUAUUUUUAAUUAAAUAUAGUAUACUAAAAUAUUAAAACAAAAGAAUAGUAAUAUAAAAACAAAAUCCUCACAAGAAAGUUUUUAGCCUUGGCUUUUAAGAACUGGUGCAUAUUAGAAGGGAUAUGUAAUGUAUUAGUUAGGGGUUCUCCAUACCAGGAGUCAUUUGAUAAAUUAAUUAACUCUCCACUUCCAAACACCAAGUGCUGUGAUCCAGAAUUUCCUGGUGUUUCUUCAUCGAUACCAAUCCAAGUGAUAGAGUAAAUAUGGUGGUUAUUUGAUUGGUUUAUGAUGCCUAAUCACUCCACUUCUAAGAAAUUCACAUUUAUUGUUUGAUGUCGAAUUCAGUGGCUGUUGUGACAUCAACAAAUCCUCAGUUCAAGCUAAGUAUAAAUCAGUGUCCCAGUAUUGAAGUCGAAAGAACUUAUAUGAAUAACAUCUCAUAUGCUAAUAUAGUAGGUUCUUUGAUGUAUACUAUGGUCUGAAUUAAACCCGACAUAGCAUAUGCAGUAGGUUUUGUAAGCAGGUACAUGGCGAGUUCUGAAAAGGCUCAUUGACAAUCAUUGAAGUGGAUUCUAAGGUACAUAAAUGGGUCUCUCAACAGAGUCUUAAUUUAGAGUCUGUGGU